CUUUGAGGUUAGUGUUGGUAGACAGUUGUAACGGUUACCUGUCCCUCGGGUGUUUGACGGCUGUGUUUUUCUGCAUGUGAAUUUUCGUUCAUUCUGUGUGAAUAUGCUUUACCCGAAAAAUGGAGCGAAAGCUCUGGAGGCCGAGGAUGGAGAUAAGUUGCAUGGCCCGCUAACUCCACAUCGGAUUAAAAUGCCCAGUGAACAAGAAGACACCCGCUCAAGACGAGCGAUGCACGAGAAAGUAAAGAAGAUCAAUGGUGUCGGUGUUGCUCUCAGUCCUCUUACUCUGCAAUCGCCCGCGCAAAAACCGGUUAUCCGUAAACGAAGAAAAAAAAAUUCAAAACGCGGAUCUGUCGAAAAAUUGCCCGCGGACAAUAAUCACAAAGUGACAGAUUAUUUUCAAGUUCGACGCAGUGUGAGAAAGUGCAAAACGACUGUGCUGGAAGAGAAGCAGAGGGACCUUGAGAAGAAAAUACUCACUGGGUCGGAAGACGGAUUAGAGGUUAAACAGUUUCCUGGUAAAGGUCGUGGUAUCGUUACAACACGGGAUUUUGCAAAGGGGGAAUUCGUAGUGGAAUAUAUCGGCGAUUUAAUCGAUCAGGUGACUGCAAAAAAGCGCGAGGCCCAAUAUUCACAGGACCAAAAUAUGGGAUGUUAUUGUUACUACUUCCAACACAGGAAUCAGCAGUAUUGUAUUGACGCAACAGUCGAGACGGGAAAAUUGGGAAGACUGGCAAAUCAUUCCCGUAACGGGAAUAUGGUGACCCGAAUCGUAGAAGUGAAUUCAGUCCCGCAUUUAGUCCUCCUCGCUAAAGAGGAUAUACCAAAAGGAGUCGAAGUCACAUACGACUAUGGCGACCGAAGUAAAGAAUCACUUCUGCACCAUCCAUGGCUCGCUUUAUAGUGACAAUAAUAUUUUAUUACGUAAGAUCAGAGCCCUAUCACCAUUCUCAUUUUAAAAAUUAAUUGGAAAGCCUUUUUUUUCCGCAUAUUUUUGGACAGAUUGACUUUACAGAUGAGAGACAAAAAAAAAAUCCCAUAGUUUUUCAAUAAAUAUAUUCUAUUGAAUUAACAAAUUAUCUAAUUCAGUAGUAUAUUUUAUUGGAAAUUUAAUUUUUUUUUUGUUGGUUUUUUUUUUCUCUCAGUUUAUAGAGUCUUAAUCUACUAGACGAAUGCAAUUUUCACAUUGAAAUAAAAGUAUGUGCGAACUAAAAUGAGAGUUCGUAAAUAUAUAUAUAUUUUUUUGUGGGAUUAAAUUCUUUUUAAAUUAAAUCGGAUUAACCCCUGA